AAAGAACAUCUAACCUAUUGUAGGCUACCUUUAAUAUUGGGAUUUUCUCAAACUGCCAUUGGUAACCACCUACAUAGUGGGCGCGCAUGAGUGCACGACGCAUUCCUGCCUCACUCACAUUUCCCUUCAGCAGGACGUCUUCAGUGAUUUAGGGAAUAUUGGCGUUGAAUUAGCUUGUUUAGUAAUGUUUCACUCUAAAUACUCCGUGCGUGACAUGUCUUUUUGAGAGAUGGCAUUUUGUUAAUGGGGAGAACGGAUCGACAAUUAGCCAUUUCAUCUUCACGUGAGACAAAGGAGGCGCGCGCUAUAAUGGCCAAGUACAGCUGUGGUGACAGGGUUACUGCUAGUAGACUCACCGUUCAUUUUCGAAGUCACACCAUGGAAUUGAGGUUGACAUCGCGCAUAACGUUCCUCAAUUUGGAAUGUAAAGACUGAACUUUUGUGGACUAAGAAGCACAAUUUUUAACGAGACGGGUAAUUUGUAUUUUUUGGAACAACCAAUCGAUCUAAGCACGUUUCAGGAGGCUUCUACGUGCACUGGCUCAGCUCAGCGACUCUUCCUGGAUUUGCCCCCUUCUUCCUUUCCCCUUUUCUCCCCCCUUCCUGUCAUCACCAUGCCGUCCUCCCACUGCGCCCAUCCAAAGGAGAACGCCCAUCUCCCUGUGUAGGAUGCCUGCCUCGUCCUACGCCUUGUAUCCCCUCCUGCCCGCCUCCACCACCACCACCUCCUCCUCGGUUGUACCUUCUCCUCUCGCCGACUACGCAGCGGCCGCCGUCGCCACGCUCCACCAUGAAGGAUGAGGUGACGAAGGAUGACAUCAUCAGCACCAACGCGCUGGCUUGGCUGGUCUGCUCGGGCGUGUCCAUCUUGGCCAACACCUGGGGCAUCCUGAGUGUCAGCGCCAAGCAGAAGAAGUGGAAGCCCCUGGAGUUCCUCAUCUGCACACUGGCCGGCACGCACAUCCUGAACAUGGCCAUCCCGGUCACUAUGUACUGUGUCAUCACCCUGCGUCGGCGCCACUCCACCUAUGAGUGGAACGAGGGGCUGUGCAAGGUGUUUGUGUCCACCUUCUACACCCUCACACUGGUCACCUGCUUCUCCGUCACCUCCCUGUCCUACCAUCGCAUGUGGAUGGUGCGCUGGCCAGUCAAUUACAGGUUGAGUAACACCAAAAAACAGGCGGUCCACACAGUGAUGGGCAUCUGGAUGGUCUCCUUCAUCCUGUCUACACUGCCUGCUGUGGGCUGGCAUGACACCAACGAACGCUUCUAUGCCAAGGACUGCCGCUUCAUUGUGACAGAGAUCGGCCUGGGCUUCGGCGUGUGCUUCUUGCUGCUGAUUGGCGGCAGUGUGGCCAUGGGGGUCAUCUGCAUCGGCAUAGCCCUCUUCCAGACCUUUUCUAUCCAGGCAGGCCAUAACGCAGACAAGAACAAAUUCAAUGUGCCAACCAUUGUGGUGGAGGACGCCCAAGGGAAGAGGAGGUCAUCCAUUGAUGGCUCGGAGCCCCUCAAGACGUCGUUACAAAUCACAUACCUGAUCAGUGGCAUUGUCUUCAUCUAUGACUUUCUCACUGGGUUCCCCAUUUUGGUGGUGAGUUUUGCCAGUCUGAAGUAUGAUCGCUCCUACAACUGGAUGGUGCUGUGUGUGCUCUGGUGCUCCAUCGCCCAGUCCAUCCUACUGCCCAUGUUCCUGUGGGCUUGUGACCGCUAUCGCGCUGAUGUGCGCAUGGUCUGGGAGAAGUGUGUGGCCAUCAUGUCCAAUGACGACGUGGAUGAAGAAAACAGCCAAGAUGGAGGAAUUCAUGCCGACUUAAUAUAUGACAGACCAUAUGACUAUAGCUCCGUGCCUGAAAUCGUGACGGUAGACCGUAUUGCCAAGUACGAAUUCUCAACUUUAGAAAGGGGGGUCCCGCAAGGGUAUCCAUUGAGGGACCUACAGGAAGAUAAAAUGCAGUAUUUGCAGGUGCCCCCUACAAGAAGAUACUCCCACGACGAAACCGACAUGUGGACCAGCGGCCAGAUCCCCUCCUACCUGCAUCGCUGGGGCUCCACCGAGGACAUCAUGGGGAGCCCCCACUACAGCUCCAGCUUGCCGCGCCACGAGAGGCGCAGGAGCAGCCUGGUCUCCUACCACGAGGAGAGCCACCAGCACCGCAAACGCCGGCGCUCCGAGGAUAGCGUGCACUCCCUCAAGCACCUCCCACGGGUGGUCAGCGGCAGCGGGGAAUGCUACGAGGACAACUUGAAGUGUUUCAGCCGCGAUGAGGUGAUCAAUUUCAUAGAUGAGACACCGCUGCCCAGCCCCAUGAGAAGCCCGCGCCGCACCUCCACCAUCUCACUCAUCCCAGACGUUUAUGAGCAUCACGCGGUCCUGUUUCCUCAUUUCCCACUAACAGACUUUGAGCGCGAGCCGCAGGCCCUGCGCCGGUUGUCAGAGCACAGCAGGAGUGGGAGCCGAGGUGGGUCACCCGAUGGGUCACCCAGGCGGGACAGAGGAGAAGUUUCUGGGGCCUGUGGCACGGGAAAAAGCUGCCGCGAGCACAGGCGGGAAGGCAAGCGUCAUAGUGAACUGGUCCCACCUGGACAAAUCCAGCAGCCAGGGGAGCCCUCCACUCACAGGCCCAGCAGGACAGGUCAUGGGGCUGGGCCUGUGGCUGGGGCUGCCUGGGGGGACCAAAAACACCUGAGUAAAGCAGAGAGUAAAGGAAGCACAAAUAGCUUUUUAAGUUCACCUUCUGCAUCAUCCUCGGGUUAUAUUACAUUUCACUCGGAUUCCAUAGGCUCCACCACCUAGGAAACAUUAUUAUCAUUAUUAUCAGUACUAUUAUUGUCAUUAAAGAAUUAUGGUACCAAGCAAUUAGGGAGGUGGACAGAUAAAUUAAGCCUAACUGUAUAAUGGUUAUUUUGUACUGUACCACUAUUCUAUUUUACUAUAUACCACUGUAUCCCUAAAAUUGAACUUUUACUCUGAUAUUACUGACCAUGAAGAUUUUGACAGGUGGCCUACCGUGGCUUUAGUAGGUGGGGCUAGUACAUGAAUCAGCUGUUUUUCAGAGCACAGAUCCACUUACAAAACAUCUCUUUUAAUGUAAUCCAUAUUUCACUCAUGUUUUUGCUGUUUGAUGUAGUUUUCUAUCUUCACAAAGGAAUGGGGGAACAUUGAUAUUUUGUUAUUUUUUUGCACUUGAUGACUCCAAAUCUUAUUGUAAAAGCAGUGUUUUAUCUAAUGGGUGAGUGUUUUAUCUAAUGGGUGCAUGUCUUUUAAUCACUCUCCAUUGCGGAGACAGAAACCAGAAGAGAGCCAAAACUGCCAUGACUCAAGUUGCAGCUAUGAAGGACAGAAAAUAUGUCAGAUUUUGAUCUCAAUAUAACAGAAUAAAUUUAAUGUAGUCUUUAUCUACUCAGUUCCACAGUUACAAAGAAAGAUAAAGUUCCAUAAACACUUUGUAUGAAUAUUACCAACAUAUCCAAUACUGAGAUACACAGAUAUUAUGAUGAUUUGUUACAUAAACUCCAUAAACUCUUUGUGAGGAGAUUUCCAACAUAUUCAUACUGACUAUACGGACAUUAUUACAACUGUUUGUCUAAUUCAAGUGCAUAGCCUUAGUUUUUGGGCAUUGUUGUCUAUCUAUGAAAGCCCUUUCACACUUAUGAAAAGCUAAUGCCAGUGCAGGUCCUGUAUAUAUGGAAGACAAAGUUACAUUGGAUGUAUGGCUUGGUGUUCUUUAAUUAAAGCAUUAACUGGAAUAUUCAGAAAUGACAGAAUUCAUUCAACAUUUUAAGACUUUCAUCACACUUACAGCCAUGCACACAUUAUAAAACAUGCAUCAGCCAUGAACAGUAGCUUAUCUCACCAAUGGUGCUUGAUCUUGGCAGCUGAGCACGGGUUGGGAUGUACAUAGUUAUGUGAGAGUGUUGCUAAAAGUCAACUCAAAGAGUGAUUCAAUAGCCUCCAUGUUUGCUCCCAUCCCUUAUCACCACUGAGUACAGGUUGAAGACACGUUGUUUAUGUUGGUUUAUAUCAGCCUGCAACCCUCUUGCUAAUUCAGAUAAGAGCUGAUGAACAGAUGAGACAAGCUCUACAGUGAUUUAAAUUGGUCACAUGUUUAAAGUUGAUCUUGUCACAUUGAGAUCAACUUGGAAUAAAAAAUGUAAUCUCCAGCCUAUAGUUUUUUGUUUGUUUCUUUUCUAUGCUUGCAAUAAUAUUGUGAGUAUAGGAAACACAUUUGACUAGAUAUAAAUAGGCUAAGAGAAGGCAAAUGGAAAACCAUAUAAAAGGCAAAUUUGUUAUUGGCCCAUGGUAACCAAGUCUUCCUCAUGCUUUAUGUUCCACUAACUGUGAGUUAGUGGGAAAGUUUUUUCCCUCAUUUACUCUAUAACUGCCCACUGAAUCAAAGGCUACAUUGUUGCUAGACCCAUAUUAUGAAUGUAUUCACACAAAAAACAUUUGCAAAUAAAUUACAGUGAGCAUAGUAGGCUCAUAAAUGCAACUUGAAACCUACCCUGCACCUUUGAUAAAGCCUUAUUUGAUAUUAUUUAGUGAUAGUUCAGUCCAUUAAACAAUGACUUUACAUGUCUUCUUUUGCCAAUAUAUACAUUCAAUUAAAAAGUAUAUAUAUUUAACGUAUUGGUGCACCUUUCAUCCUGCUUUUCCCUGUUCAAUAGCAUACCACAUUGAAAAUAUAUUUUCUAUUUCCCCUGUCGGAUUUUGCUACGUCAUUGCCUUUUUGGCAUUUAGUUUUAUUCUGUGUUUACAAGUCUAAACAGAUUCUAAUUUUGUAACAUAUCCUUCUUUGUUCAAACUUAUGACAGUCUAAAUUAUGAGCAAUGUUUGGUGUUUCUUUGUUGCUCAGAUAAUGGUUUUGUUAAAAAGAUAAAAAGAAUUUGCAUUGGAUGACAAUUCCUUAGUUUAAAGUUGUUAAAAGUGUAUUUGAGUUUGUAUAAAACAGGACUGAUAAUAUUUCCCCGGCGUGUAGCCUAUUAGGUUACCGUUUGAAGGUGCACAACUACAGAAUUUGAUCCAUGACUCAAUUUGAUUAUGUUCACACUUUUUUGAUCAUUUGAAAUAUGAUUAUGUAAGAACCAGAAAAAAUAAACUGAUGUUUCGGGA